AUGAAGACCACAGGAAGCGUUGCCCUUCUUGGGCUUGUGCUCCUCGGCUGCCUUUCUGAUCUUGUUACUGCUCAACGACGGGCAUCCUGCGGCCCAUACCAGUUUUCUGGAAAAACAGCGACUGUUGUCUGUCCCCGCAACUACGAACCUGUCUGUGGCACCAACGGUGUGACCUACCCCAACGAGUGCUCCCUCUGCAGGGAAUUGUUCCGUAACCAAGCCCUUGACAAGAAGCACGAUGGAAGAUGCGUUAAGUUCGACUGUACUGGCUUCAUGAGAACAAUCAAUGGUGCUAGCAUCCCCUGCAGCCUGGAGUACUCACCCAUCUGCGGCACCAACGGAGUUACCUACAGAAACAAGUGCCAAUUCUGCAACGCUGUGGCGAAUGGACUGGACGUUAACCUGCGCAAUAUGGGAGCAUGCUACCAGCCAACGGAGAGCAUUGACUGCACCCAGCAGAAGGGUACCAACCUCCUCUGCACCUCCAACUACGACCCCCUUUGCGGCUCUGAUGGCAGAACUUAUGGAAACAAGUGCCACUUCUGCAACGCAGUUUCGACGAGCCGGGGAAGUCUGUUCCUCAGACACCGUGGUGCGUGCUAA